UAGAAAGCUCCAACAAUGGCUACCAUGACCCCCCAAAUCUUCUGGCCUCUACUUCUCCUACUUAUCCCUCUACUUCUUCUGCUUAAAAAGAAGCAACAUGUCAAUAAAACCCCACAAAAUAAGCAAAAGCACCUUCCACCAAGCCCUCCCAAGCUCCCCCUCAUAGGCAACUUACACCAACUCGGCUCAGCACCCCACCGAUCCCUCCUCCAACUCUCCCAAAAAUACGGGCCCGUCAUGCUCCUCCACCUCGGCCGCAUCCCCACCGUCGUAGUCUCAUCCGCCGAAGCCGCCAAAGAAGUCUUCAAAACCAAUGACCUCCACUGCUGCAGCCGACCCACCUACGCCGGGUCCCGUCGGCUCACGUACAACUAUCUCGACGUGGCAUUUUCACCUUACAGCGACUACUGGAGAGAGAUUAGAAAAAUAUGCGUGGUCGAGUUUUUCAGCGUGAAAAGGGUCCAGUCUUACCGGUCAAUCCGUGAAGAAGAAGUGGCUAAAAUGGUAAAAUCAAUCUCUGAUCACUCUUCAUCCUCUGUCGCUCCCGUCGAUGUCAGCGAAAUGUUGUUUGCCCUAGUUGCAAGCAUACUGUUUAGAGUAGGGUUUGGGACGAGCUUGCAGAGCAGCAAUUACAAGAGCGGUAAGGCUAUUCACAAGAUCAUUCACGACAUCGAAACCAUGCUAGGAGGCAUGUCGGGAGCCGAGUACUUUCCGGCAUGGAUCGGGUGGAUUACCGACAGGGUUACUGGUGUGCAAAAGAAGUUUGAUCGGAUUACGAGUGAGUUGGAUGUGUUUUUUCAGCAGCUCGUUGAUGAUCAUUUGACGCCUGGGAGGAAACAAGAACAUGAAGACAUAAUUGAUGUGUUGCUUAGAACAUUGAAGGAGCAAACUGGCGUGGUUGGAGUUGCACAACUUGGUCAUGCUAGCGUCAAGGCUGUCCUCAUGAACUUAUUUUUAGGUGGAAUAGACACUGGUGCAAUUACAAUGUGGUGGGCAAUGGCAGAGAUAGUUAAGAACCCUAGAGUGAUGAAGAAAGCGCAACAAGAAGUCAGAAAUUGCAUUGGAAACAAAGGAUUAGUCAGUGAAAGUGAUACGGAGCAGCUUGAAUACCUAAAGAAGAUAAUUAAAGAAACUCUAAGACUGCAUCCUCCAGCUCCAAUGAUUCUUCCAAGAGAAGCCAUGUCCCACUUCAAAAUCCAAGGCUAUGAUGUGGACCCCAAAACACUCAUCCUUGUGAAUGAAGGGGCAAUCGCACGAGACCCUAAGAUUUGGAACGACCCAGAAGAGUUUUUCCCAGAAAGGUUUGAUGGAAGCUCGGUUGAUUUUAAAGGACAACAUUAUGAAUAUUUGCCAUUUGGAGCUGGUCGAAGAAUGUGUCCAGGGAUAUACAUGGCGACAACGACACUACAGUUUGGACUUGCAAAUCUUCUCUACUGGUUUGAUUGGAAAUUGCCUAAUGGGAUGAAGGUGGAAGAUUUGGACAUGGAAGAAUCAGCUGACGCUUCUCUCACCGUGCCUAUGAAAAAUCAUCUCUUACUUGUACCCCAGAAAUUUUAUCAGAAUUAAGAAUCCUAAUAUCAU